CAAUGUUGUGUCUCUGUUGGUAGUGUUUUCCCUAUUUUUUGUAAUUCAGACUCAGGCAGUUCCUUCCAAUGGAGAAAAUGUGACAACUGAUGGUAAUAUAACGCAUCUAUCCAGGAACGAUAACCAGGAAAGUAACAACUAUACAAUCUCUCCUACAACGGUUAUAAUUACUACAACGAAAGCUCAUACUGACCCCAAUACCACAUCUCGUAAUCAACAUAAACUCGACAGAAGGAAAAGUGACUACGGCGCAACUUACAAUACAAUUUUGAAAACGUUAGCACUGGAACAUGGAAUGAAGUUGGAAAAUCUGGAUGCUGUAUUGCAGAAAUUGGGAGUGAAAGAUUGUUCAAGGCAUUCUCGGCACGAUCAUAAGUGUAUCACAGUCGAAUCCUUACGCGAAAUUUACAAUAUAAAACGAAACACUACAAUCAACGAACAUGAAUUCGCCGAGAUGUCGACAAUGUUACUCUACUCCAUACUCUCGACAAGAACUGACAUUCCAAGAAUACUGACGAAGAAAGUUGAUCUGUAUGAAGAAUUGCAGAAUAUUUAUUCCAAGAAUGGAAUAUGUGAACAAAUUUUGGAUCAGAUUUUAAAAGAUCUGAAUCAGUCAGUUGGAAAUGAACUGGAUAAACAACAGUGUUUCUCUGCAAACGAUCUCUUACAAGAACUCAACAUCUCCGGCGAAGCAGACAUUGGUAAAGCAAUGAUUCCUGAGUUGAGCAUGAUUAUCAUCUCAAAACUUCUCCAACGACAAUGUAUUGAAGUGCGAUAUCAAAAUCCCCUCCCUUGCUCUUCAUACUUUGUAAACCACUUAUUUGAAGAGUACGCAAAAAAUGACAUUAUUAACAAGGAAAACGUGCAAAAAUUGAUGAAAAAUCUUAAAAUUGGAAAACACGAGGAAAAUAGCGACAAAGUUAGCACAACAAUGAAAGCACCAGAGGAUAAAUUAGCUCGUAGAAAAAGGCAGAUUGUUGAAAGUUCUCCUCAUCGGUCUCGUCUACCAAGGUUGGCAUCUCUACCUGAUGCGGGCAGCACAGAUACUGCAAUGGAUACAAAUAUUUAUGAGAAGUGCUAUUCUGCAGAGGAGUUGUUUUCGAUCUAUCAUGUAGAAGAAAAUGAUGGAUUUAAGAGGGAAGGUUUUGAGAGUUUAUCUGUAGCUCUUCUUGAUCAAAUAGAAAGCGGCGUUUGUGAUUCUGAUACUGAUGAUGAAGAUCUUGAUGAAAAGGAGGAUAGCAGGAAGAAACCAGAUGAUAUGUUAGUGUGGGGUUUUGGUCUAACAGCCGUCUCUGCAGUCAGUCUUAUAUCACUUUUCAUGAUUAUUCCAUUGUUGAGAACAACAUUCUACAGAAAGUCUCUGGUGUUUUUGAUUGCUCUGGCUAUUGGGACCUUGGUUGGGGAUUCAAUGUUUCAUCUCUUGCCUCGGGCAACUGGUUUCAGCUAUGCAGAAAAGGAUAAGGAUUAUUACUGGAGGUUUUUUUCCAUGCUUGGUGGAAUUUAUGGAUUCUUUUUAUUUGAGACUACCGCUCAUCUUCUUCUUAGACAAACGCAUACCGUCGAGAUUACACCAAAGAACAAGAAGUACAUUGAGAAAAAUACCGUGAUUCCUAAAACAGACGACAAGAACCAAAACAAGGUGGAUCUAUCAUCAAUAGUUGUGGCUAAUAAGAUGACUGAGAAAGAAGCAGAACCGAAAUUCUCAAAUGGCAAUCAAUUUGACAUGGAGGAAAACUUCGAUGACGAGAAGCAUAUUGCACCCAUGGCUUGGACAGUUAUCAUCGGAGAUACAUUGCAUAAUAUUGCAGAUGGCAUUGCUAUUGGUGUUGCAUUCAGUGAUAGUAUUGUUACUGGAGUUGGCACUUCAAUUGCUGUUUUAUGCCAUGAAGUUCCUCAUGAACUGGGUGAUUUUGUUGUGUUGCUGUCUGCUGGAAUGAGUGUACGUCAGGCUGUUAUUGCAAACUUUGUCUCUUCAUGUUUCUGUUUUAUGGGACUGGUAUUUGGUAAGUUGAUUGGACAAAUUGAAGAUGUCAAUUUGUGGAUUCUUGGUGUCACUGGAGGAUUCUUCCUUUAUAUUGCACUAACAAACAAGUUGCCAGAACUGAUGCACGUCACCGAGCAAAGUGACCAAUCCAAGAUCACGUUAUUCCUUUUACAAAACAUCGGUGUUAUCGUUGGCUUUGUUGGGAUGUUCUUUUUGGCAUAUUACAAGAAAGACAUCAAUAUUUAGCAGUAUUCGCUCUAAAGUAAUUAUGUAAAAUUGCUUUCCUCAUCAGGGGAGCUCGAAUUGCAGAAUCAUAGUAUAAAGCAUAUUGUUGCCUGUUAACUCAGAUUAGUUGCUAAUCUUCUUUACGACUUUAUCGGACCUUGUCGAGAUGUUUGCUCAAUUCUGUACGUGCGUGAGAGAUCAGUAUUGCGCCGAGGAGAGGCUGCUACACCCUGCCCCUGAUACGUCCAAAUAGCGUGUGGAGAAAAUCAACCAAUAUUCUAUAAAUAUAUAUCAAUUGUAAUUGCUUCU